GGACAUCACUGGGGCUGUGGGGCUGGGGGCGUACCCCAAAACCGCCAGGGCCAGGCCGGGACAGGGACCCACAGUGAGCUGGGAGCGCCCCAAAACGAGCGCCGAGCUGCCCCCGGAGCAGUGGGAUUUCGAGACCAUCCGCACCGUGGACCCCUGGGGCACCGAGGUGGGCCGGCGCUUCCGGGGCGGGCUGCGGCGCUGGAACAUGACGGUGCAGUGGUGGCUGGCGGCGUACGUGCACCGCAGGGGACCCCGCCAGUACCCCCUGCUCAGGUACUGGGG